GCUGCUGGUUGGAGCCAUAAGGGAGAGAGAGGAAGAAUUAGCCUGUGUGUUUAUGUGGCUGUGCUCCAGUAAAUAUUUUGAUGCAUCUGCUGUCAGCUCUGGUCUGAGGGAAUCUAUCUAGCAUUUAAAUUUUGAUGGGGAGCUGUUUUGAAUAAUAACAGUGCAGCUGGCUGUGAGUCAGUGCAUGUGUGUUGACUGGAAAAAAAAAAUCUCAAAUCUUAACGCUUGCUGAACGCUGAGCUGCAGUGCUUUGUUUUUACUCUCCUCCUUUCUUUUUUCCUUUUCCCCCCAAUAGAUUGUGGUUCAUUGGGGGUGGGGGAAGGAACAAAAAAAACAACCCCUCACAAGUAGCUGUUGCAAUGGGUGCAGUAAUGGGUACAUUCUCUUCGCUACAAACCAGACAAAGAAGACCCUCAAAAGGAGAGCAACAUCAUCUGUGAACUCCAGGUCUUCAAGGGAUGACAAGAGUGGCAUGUCUUCUAUUGUAUGCCGCAUUACCCAGUCGAUGGCAAUUGCUGAACAGGGAGCCACCUAAAGAGGAAGCAAGCAUCCAGGAGGCAGAAGAUGAUCUUAAUAUCAACACGGACACCCCAGCUAAGGAAGAGAUCAUUCAAGCCAUCAAAUCCUUAAAAAACGGGAGAGCUACUGGCAAAGAUAACUUGAAUGCAGAAUUGUUCAAGAUAAAAUUGAAGAUGAAUUAGAAAUGACCACGGUGUGCUAUCGUCCAGAAGGACUGGACCAGCUUGAAGCACAAACCAAUUUCACAAAGAGGGAACUUCAAGUGCUUUACAGAGGAUUUAAAAAUGAAUGUCCUAGUGGGGUUGUUAAUGAAGAGACAUUCAAACAGAUCUAUGCACAGUUUUUCCCACAUGGAGAUGCUAGUAUGUAUGCCCAUUAUCUUUUCAAUGCGUUUGACACUGCACAGACUGGAUCAGUGAAGUUUGAGGGUUUUGUGAUGGCACUAUCAACUUUGUUGAGAGGAACAGUUCAUGAAAAGCUAAGAUGGACAUUUAAUCUUUAUGACAUAAAUAAAGAUGGAUAUAUAAACAAGGAGGAAAUGAUGGAUAUAGUAAAGGCAAUUUAUGAUAUGAUGGGCAAGUACACAUAUCCUGUUCUCAAGCAAGAUGCUCCAAGACUGCACGUAGAAGUUUUCUUCCAGAAAAUGGAUAAAAACAAAGAUGGUGUUGUAACUCUAGAUGAGUUUAUUGAAUCAUGUCAGGAGGAUGACAAUAUUAUGAGAUCCUUACAGCUCUUUGAGAAUGUGAUGUAACAGCAUCUGGAAUGCAGCAUAGGAACCAGAGACUUUGUAUGUAAUGAAAACCUUCUUUCUGGACGAAGGCUUUUUACAACUCAGCUAUGUUGCGUGAACAAGGAUUGUGUAAGGCAUCUCCAACCGAGCUUCGUUUCCAAAUGCAACAAACUCCCAUCUCUCCUCCCCAAGAGACACUAACUGGAAGUUAUUUCAUUUUGGAAGCAUGCUAAUAUUUUAAUAAAACCUGAUGAGUAAGACCUGCUGCUUGAAGUUUAAUGAAUAAUAUACAACAUUCUGUUUGCUAGUCACAAAUUCUGCUGCUUUUAAUCUAGCAAAUUUGAUUACAUCUGGUAGCACCAUGUCAAUAGCUUGCUAAGCCAUCUAUUGUGAGUGGAAGCUCAGUCCAUUCCAUCAUAGAAAAAUGUGUUGUAUAAAUGUCCUCUUUAUUUUGUUUUGGCAGAAACCUAAUGUAGCGAGUCAUCUAUGUUUAGAUUUUGAAAACUAACACCAGAUUUAUUUACUAUGUUAAAUGGAGGGUCCAGUUCUUUUAAAAACCAUAUAUCCCACUUUACUCAACAUUCCUGAUUUUUCUCUCACAUACACUGGUGUUACUCCAUUGAAUGUCAUGGAGUUGCUUCUAAUAUACACCAGCCAGAGGAGCAUCAAGCCAAUAUACAUUAGAAGAGCAGAAUACACUUUUCCAUAUACAAUUUCUACACUAUAGAAUGAAUCCCAUUGAGUAACAUUGAGUUCCUGUAGGAUAAGAUGGUUUUAAUGGGCUGGAACUGUGGGGGGCAUGCUUUUACCAUUAAAUGCCCACCAGUGUUCCUAGCUACAAAGUGGACCUCUAGCAUACAGUAUGCAUCUCCCACCAGAACAGCUUCAAUGGACCAUGGUCCUUUCUGUAUGGUUUGAAACACCCUUAAUAAAUACAUCAUUUGUAGUUUUA